AUGCAGGGAUCCAUGAUGUUCUCAAGAAUGUUAGGCAGUACAAUUGCCUUUUUGCUGGUGGUGCUUGCAGUUUCAUUCUGCAAGUGCUUUAGUUGCCUUUAUUUGUCAAGAGAUUGCUUCAAGCAAUGGUGGAUCCUGAUAGACCUGUUGCUUAUCUUAGCAGAUUGCUUUAGUUGCAGUGUUUUCUUGGUGCUCUUUAUACACUUAGCCCUUUUGACAUCCUCCCAUGAUGUUGGAGCCCGUGUUCGUUGUUGCUAUUUUUCCUAUUUUUGGUGUAUUUUAUAUCGUAUUUGGGACAAAUGUGAAUUGAAUAUGGGAAGUCUUUUCUUUGGUAACUCAAAUUCUGCAACAACUAUUCCUGUUGACAUUGAACAAUCGGUUCCUGAGGUUGCUAUUGGAAGUGAUCCAAGCACCUUAACACAACCUUAUGCUACAUUUCACACUCGCUUUGUUGGUUAA